AUGCUCAUUCCGAGCCAGAUCACCGACCUGGGUCAGACUCAGAACCGGCUCAUCAUUCCGAGCCAGAUCACCAACCUGGGGGCUGAACCGGAUCAACAUCUUAAGCAAGACCACCAACCUGGGUCAAACGCAGAACCAGACUACCAACCUGGAUUAGAGGCUGAGCCGGACCACCACCCUGGGUCAGAGGCUGAACCGGGUCAACAUCAAAAGCCGGGCCGCCACCCUGGUUCAGAAGGCAAGCCGGGCCGCCACCCUGGUUCAGAAGCCAAGCCGGGCCGCCACCCUGGUUCAGAAGCCAAGCCGGGCCGCCACCAGGGCAAGCCGGGCCGCCACCCUGGUUCAGAAGCAAAGCCGGGCCGCCACCAGGGCAAGCCGGGCGGUCAUGCAGACGGCCAAAUCCUCACCGCCACCAUGGUGGACACCAUCCUGAGCCGGACCACCACUCUGGGUCAGAUCCCGAACCGGACCACCACCCCGGCUCGGAGGCCCGGGACCACCACCCUGGGUCUGAUGCUGAACCAGACCACCAACCUGGGUCAGACGCUGAACCGGACUACCAUCCCGGAUUAG